UGUCAAUGUUGGCAGGAUUUUUGAUACUGACACUACAUAACAUUUAAACAAAAAAGACAUCUUAUACAUAAUGUUUGGCUCGCACAAACCAAAGGUUUAUCGUUCUAGCAGUGGUUGUUGCAUUUGUGGGUCAAAAUCCUCUAGUUCGCGUUUUACUCCGACAGAAAAAUACGAAAAUCUGUUCACGGCUUGCUUCAACGUCGAGCAAGGUUCCCGAACGGGUCUGAUUUGUAAUGCUUGCGUUUUGCUCGUAAAACGUUGGCAAAAGUUACCUAAAGAAAACAAACGAUCAUGGAGCCAUGUUGUCGACGGAAAAUGCAAAUCUCGAAGGGGCUCGAGACGUUCAACAUCAACAGACGAGAGAACCACCGCAGAAAAAUCGGACGAAAAAAUGCCCAACACAGCUAUAGCACCCAAUGACAACGAUCAAAAAGGCAAGGGAACAAGUCAUCGUUUCAGUGAUUCCAGUACACCGCCUUCGUGCAGUCCAUCACCAAGCGAGAUAUCAGAUUCUGCCAUCGCUGACAAUGGUCGAACAUCCACCGCUUGUCAAACAUCUUUUGUUUUCCCUCAAUUAAUGGAGAAUGAAAUGAAAUUUCCAUAUAUUAAUCUGUCUGGUUGGAGAAGAGAGGAAGUGUGUUGUGGAACUAUAUUUAAAGGCCCAAAUGGCGAGGUGCUGGUUGAUCCAAAACUGCUCAAGCCUUAUUGUUACUGCGCCCGAGGACAAAGUCUUGUGAAACAAAACUCGCUGGAAAAUUAGGCCUGAAAGUAUAUUGUGUGCCGUUUGCAUACAUUUAAAAACCACGCUAUUCAGCACAUUGAUUGAUUGAAACAACAAAAUUAGCCAUCUCGACUAGUAUUUCCGGGUGUUUUACCGAAAUACCAUUUGUACAGAAAAUGAUUCAACAAAUCACAAAUCGUGUGGAUUAUUUCAGCUAACUCGCAAGAAUUGGUGAACCUCGUUCGUCGAUUUUGACUCCACUCACGCAGGAAUAUCCUGUUUUCCAGUGGUUCCGUUGAACAGGUUCCUUCCUUUUGGCUCAUUUAGACACUUCGAUGUUGUUGAGAGAUAAAAGAGGAUAGCCUUCUUCUCUUUGUCAUUUCAACAGUCUACCAGACACAGCAUGGUUUUCUUAGCUCAUCAGUUAUACUUCAGAAGUAGAUUGCGUCUUGGUUUUCUUCGUCUAAUUUGUACACACAAAUUUCCAUGUCGUUGUCUGAUUUAUACGUCACCUAUUCGUAUUCUCUUUCAGUAGGGAUGGUUUACUCGAG